AAAGCAGGAUUUAGAGUUCGAUUCGUGAGCAAAUAAACACCUUUCACAUUCAACUGAAAAAUAUAAGUCCCAUUAAUCGAUCAAUUCUGAUCCCUGCCGCGACACCAUCACCCUUAAGUGUAAUGGUACAUUCCACAGAACCAAAACAAAAAAAUGGCACAUGGGAUGCAGAAGUGGGCUAACGAAAGCGAAACGAGGCGACUGCGUUUGUAUUUGACACAAACGAAACCUGUGGAGCUUGAAUAAAACGUCCCACUACCAAGUGAGACAUGGCGACACACAUACUAAGCCUACUUUCACGAAUCAGAGCCCCGCUACUGUUCGUCGAGGGUCCCGUGUGCCCUGUGGCUGCCACCGGUGUCAGGUUCAAACAUAUUAUUUUAACUCCUGGAAGUUUCCAGCUGGGACCCAAGCCAGCGACAAGUCCCGUCCCCAUCCAUAUUAACACCGCGAACUUUACAAACACCACAGCAACCCGCGGGAAGUCCACCCGGGAGACUCGUUUCUCUUGUCCGCCAGAGAAACGUGUUCGGUUGGCCACUGUCAUUGGCACCGGCGUGCUGACAGCGGCUCUCCAUACUGGGACUAUGGCAGCCAUGAAAGUUGACCUGAACUCCACUGAGGGCGACUGGAAGGAGAUCAAGGAAUUCCUGCUGUCUCAGCCUGUGGAGGUCAGACGCAAAUACUACAGGACUGACUCUGUACGACUGGACGAUAUCCCAGUUUGGACUCACGCUGGAGAUCGUCCUGAAGUGAGUCACUAUCCCAGGAAUCAAAAGCUUGAUGGGAAAAUCUCGGUCUACAGCGGCAACAUCACAGUACUGGAGGUAGAUGCCCUUGUCAACGCAGCCAACCAGACUCUGCUCGGAGGAGGCGGAGUGGACGGAGCCAUCCACCGAGCUGCAGGGCCCAUCUUAAAGAAAGAGUGCGCCUCCCUCCACGGCUGCCAGACCGGACAAGCCAAGGUCACCUGCGGCUACGGCCUCCCUGCCAAGUAUGUGAUCCACACAGUAGGGCCGAUAGCGCAAGGCGGCGUUGGUGAAGUGGACAAGAGCGCUCUGAGGGCGUGCUACAACAACAGCCUGCGGAAGGCGGCGGAGAACAACGCACGCUCUGUGGCCUUCCCGUGCAUCUCCACUGGAAUCUACGGGUAUCCACCUGAGCAGACUGUGCAUGAGGCCUUGGCAACCGUCAGGGAGUAUCUGGAAGAACACUACGACAAGCUGGACAGAGUUAUCUUCUGUGUGUUUUUGCCAAAAGACCAGGAGUUGUACCUGCAGAAUCUGCCUCUCUACUUUCCUGUUGGUAUGUUUACUCACACACCCACACUGAUAUUGUUACACUGUAUUAGUUCUCAAAUAGUUAGCGAAAGAUUCUUCUUUUAUAAAAUGACUCACUUGAGUGUUUUCAAAUGAACAAAAAUGG